UGUGCUAAAAACAAUGUAAUAACAAUUUCAAAAGACGGUGGUGAGAGAGAGAGAGUACAAGAAAAGAAAAAAGCAAGAAGAUAAUUCGACGGCAGAAAUGUUUUCAGCUAUCGGAAGUUUAUUGAGGCUCAUCUUCAAGAACUUGGACGUCAUCGCUGGACCUAUCAUUAGCUUGGUUUAUCCUCUAUACGCAUCAGUGAGGGCAAUAGAGUCGAGGACCGGUGGAGACGACAAGCAAUGGCUCACUUAUUGGGCUCUUUAUUCACUUAUCAAACUCUUUGAGCUUACUUUCUACAGACUCAUCGAAUGGAUUCCGUUAUGGCAAUAUGCCAAGCUAGCCUUAACCUGUUGGUUGGUGUUACCGGGAUUGAGCGGCGCUUCUUACCUCUACGAGAACUAUGUGCGUUCAUUCCUUUUAAGCCCACAUAGUGCUAACGUGUGGUACGUACCAGUUAAGAAGGAUGAUGAUGACUUAGCAGCAGCUGCUGGGAAAUUUACUCCGGGUGAGCCUACAGAAAAGCAUGCUAGCUCGGUGGAUACAUCAGCCAAAUAUGUUGGGGGCUCGGCCUUUGAUGAUACAUAUGUAUACUAGUAAAGCUACUUGUGGCCCUGUUGUAGCUUAAUAUCGUUACCCAUCUUGGUGUACCGUAUACUCUAUAUUUGCUUUUUUAUCUUUGUUUCUCUUGAUGAAUGUGGUAGAUGUGUAAGCAAGCAACGAAUAAAAUUUCUAACUUCACCAAAAAA